CCUCCGAAAGUGAACAAUGUUUCUCUUUGAUUUACAAGUGUCAGUCAUUCAACUGCUUUCACUUUCUGGUGUUUCAAUCUUAUCCGCGUACUAUUUCUACUACCAAUACUGCUACACCUACUGGAAGAAGAAAGGCCUUCCAACUAGCAAACCUCGUUUUCCAUUUGGGGAUUUGUCAUCGUCAGUUUGGGGUAAACAAAGUGUUUAUAGUCGCUUGGAGACUCUUUACAACCAUUUCAAAGCCAAAGGCUAUAAACAUGCAGGAAUUUAUUUUUUCAACGGUCCUAUAUAUUUUCCUAUAGACCCAGAUAUAGUUAAAAAAGUGUUGGUAACCGAUUUUGAGUAUUUUGUGGAUAGAGGAAUGUACGGAAACGGAGAAGAGUUACCUCUCAGUUGUCACAUUUUCUCAAUGAAGGGAGAAGAAUGGAAAAAUAUUAGAACAAAAAUGUCUCCUAGUUUUACAGCCGGGAAAAUGAAAAGUAUCUACAAUAUUGUGGUUCAAAAUUGUGAAAAUCUGAUCAAAGUUUUUCAACCAUUUGCGGAAGCAAGAAAAGUUAUAGACAUUAAAGAUAUUCUAAUGAGAUUCACUGCUGAUGUUAUUGGUUCCACCUCUUUUGGAAUUGAUUGCAACAGUCUGGAUCAUCCUGACACCGAAUUUUCCAAGAUGGUCAACAGAAUUUCCAAUCACUCCGGAUGGAAAUUAUUAAGAGUUGCAUUAGAGGAGGGUCUCCAGAACCCGGGAAAUAUCGAAAAAAUUGCAUACAAUGAUAAAAUCGUAGAAGAUUUUUUUACAAAUUUAGUCAAAGAAACGAUGGAAUAUCGAGACAAAAACAACAUCAUCAGAAACGACUUUUUACACAUGUUGAUGCAACUGAGGGAAACAGCCGGAAUGUCACUCAAAGAGAUAGUUUCCCAAUCGUUUCUCUUCUUUAUUGCUGGUUUCAAAACUUCGGCUUUAACCAUGUGCUACUGUAUUCACGAAUUGGCCCACAAUCAGGACCUUCAAGACAAAGUGAGAGAAGAAAUUGAUAAAAAUUUGGGGAGAGAUGUUAGUAAAUAUGUGUACGAGGAACUUAUCGCUUUGCCAACUUUGGAUAAAGUUAUCAAAGAAACCAUGAGAAAGUAUCCUCCUCUUCCAAUGUUGAAUCGCAUCUGUGUCAAGCCUUAUCAAGUACCUGGAACUGACGUAGUAAUUGAUAAAGGUACUCCUGUAAUAAUUCCGGUUUUGGGACUUCAGAGGGAUCCGGAGUUUUAUCCUGAACCUUUAAAGUUUGACCCGGAACGGUUCAGUAAUGAAAAUAACAUCGUUCCCUAUACUUAUUUGCCAUUUGGGGACGGUCCUCGUAAUUGCAUAGGUUUGCGUUUUGGAAUGGUCAAAACAAAACUGGCUGUUGCUGCGUUAUUAAAUGAUUUUAAAUUUCUGGCGAGUUCAAAGACACGAAGAAAUCUUGUGAUUGAUCCAAGCACUACCUCAAUUUUGUACAAUGUUUCAGAAGGUAUUUACACGAAGAUUAUUAAAGUAUAAAUCAAGUUUUUGUAGGUUAAUAAAAAGUUUUUUUUAA